ACCAUUAUGCUAUCUCCCCCCCAACUUAAUUUUUUUUUUUUUAAGCACACAGAAAUGGACACAAGAACAGGAGUAUGUGAUACAGAUUUAGGGGACUGGGAGGUGGGCUCAGGACUCAUAGGUCCUACCAGGGGGAAGCCAAUUGAAAGUCAAGUGGUCUAGACACUUUCAUAAGGCAGCAAAGAGCUGCUGACCUCACUAAACCCCAAAUAAGGCCUACAGCUGUAGGGAGCUCAGGUCUAGACCCUUUCUGAAGUCCCCAGUUCACCCCUGGGGCCCGCAUUAUAGGCAAACUUUGGGAGCAGACAAGCAAAUACCAUCCCUUCAAGACAGGCACUCAGACUAUUCUCUUGCAAACAAAAUUAAGGACCGGCCCGCAGCUUGAACCCUGAGGACACACAGGACUGGCCCAGGAAAAUACACCCUGUGGGAGAGCUCAGGACAAGCUUCAAGCACCCCCUCUACACCACUUUGACUUCUUUGUGACAGCCCCCCUCCCCCUAAACAAAGGGUAUCCCUUGGCCUGGGAUGUUGGGGGAUGGGUGAGUGACAUGGCUGGCUCCCCAGCCUCCAGAGGAAGGGGUAGUGAGGUACCUGGUUCUCAGUGGGGGACCUUGUCUAAGGCCCAGUCUUGAGGGAGUAAGUGAGGGGGUGUUACUGGAGCUCUUUAGUUACUCUGAGGGGGGUUCUGUGUGAGGGGAUUGGAGCUGAGGGUUGGGGGCCAGGAAGCUGCCCCCAGGGGAGCCAUCUAGUCCUAUUCAAGGGCUGAGCAUUUGUUUUGGGUUAGCGUUGCUUUCUCUGGAGACUCAGAAUGCCCAGCCAAAGCCAUUGUCCUGCCUCUUCCCCCAGUACCUGGUCAGCUUCUUUGAACCUACAUUCAGAUAUUUUUUUUCUCUCCUCCGCCCAUCUAGACUUUUCCCCACCCAGGGCCUAGAGCUGGAGGCCAGGGCUGGGGAGGUGGGAGAGGGAAAUAAAGGCUGCUAGGUAGUCGGUAUUCCAAUCCUUGAAGUGGGGGAGGGGUCUGGUGUGAGGGUCUCACUGAGGAGCUUCCCAAGAGGGAUGUUUGAUCCCUCUGGGCAAAAGCUGGGGUGCUGAGGCUGAGUCAGUCCAAAGCCUGACUCCUAGGUAAUGAGUAGGGUCAGUAGGGGAGUCUGAUAGGUGAGCAGGCAGAACGGUUGGAGAUCUGGCAAAGAGGUUCUGUCUGGUAGUCUUCUCUGGAGAUAGGAUAGAAUUUAGCAGACUGGGCAAAAGGGUAUUAGGCCUCUGAGGCACUGGGGUUACCAAGUCUAGGCAGCAAUCUCUAUGGGAAGCCUAGGUUCCCUGGUUGGGGACUGGAGAAGGGCAGCAUUAGGUGACUAUGAAGGAGUAGCCCCAGUACUGUUUGGCCUAUGACACAACACAUGCUUGAGGAACUGUGAGUGAACCAGGGUCUUUGGAGAAGGCAAAAGCACUUGGGCUCCUGCGGAAUUAGAGGAGUUGUCCUGGGGGUCCCUGAUAGCAGCUCUGAGGUGUGCAGGGCCCAAAGGGAGGACUGGAUGACAAGAGCAAAGGCGGCCGGCAACUAAACCUAGAGGACUGGGACCAGGAGUGGUGACUAGUUGGGAGUUCCCUCGUUACAGACAACAUCUCACCACCUAACAAGUACCUUCCCCGCCUCAGUUUCCCCCACCCCUACCCCCACCUCCCUCUUCUCCACCCAUUUAAGGGGCGGGGCUUGAGAGGUCAAGGCUAACGAGUGGGAUUGGAGAGGAAGAGAGAGGCGUCAAGGAGUUGCUUGGAGAGCUCUUCUCUUAGUAGCCCCCCCAGCGUGGGGCGCCUUUUUCCCCCAUGGCGGGACACCUGGCUUCGGACUUUCCUUUCUCACCCCCGCCGGGUGGUGGAGGUGAAGGCCCAGGAGGGCCGGAGCAGGGCUGGAUUGACCCUAGAACCUGGCUGAGUUUCCAAGGCUCUCCGGGUGGGUCAGGGAUCGGGCCGGGGGUUGGUCCAGGCUCUGAGGUGUGGGCGAUUCCCCCGUGUCCCGGGUCUUACGACAUGUGUGGAGGGAUGGCGUGCUGUGGGCCGCAGGGUGGAGUGGGGCUGGUGCCCCAAAGUGGCCUGGAGAUCCCUCAGCCAGAGGGCGACGUGGGUGCUGGGGGUGAGAACAGCUCCGAUGGGGCCUCCCCUGAGCCCUGCGCGGUUGGUCCUCGAAUUGCUGUGAAGCUAGAGAAGGAGAGAAUGGAGCAAAACCCCGAGGAGUCCCAGGAUAUCAAAGAGCUACAAAAAGAACUUGAGCAGUUUGCUAAGUUACUGAAGCAGAAGAGGAUCACCCUGGGAUACACGCAGGCUGACGUGGGGCUCACCCUAGGUGUUCUCUUUGGCAAAGUUUUUAGUCAAACAACCAUCUGCCGCUUUGAGGCUCUGCAGCUCAGUUUCAAGAACAUGUGUAAGCUGCGACCCCUCCUGCAGAAGUGGGUGGAGGAAGCUGAUAACAAUGAAAAUCUGCAGGAGAUCUGUAAAGCCGAGACGCUCCUGCAGGCUCGAAAGAGAAAGAGAACUAGUAUCGAGAACCGAGUGAGAGGCAACCUGGAGAGCAUGUACCUGCAGUGCCCGAAACCCACGCUGCAGCAGAUCAGCCACAUUGCCCAGCAGCUUGGGCUUGAGAAGGACGUGGUCCGAGUGUGGUUCUGCAACCGUCGCCAGAAGGGCAAGCGAUCAAACAAUGACUAUUCGCAAAGAGAAGAAUUUGAGGCUGCUGGACCUCCUUUCUCGGGGGGACCAAUAUCAUUUCCUCUAGCACCAGGGCCCCAUUUUGGUACCCCUGGCUAUGGAGGCCCUCACUUCACCACACUCUACUCCUCAGUCCCUCUCACUGAAGGUGAAGCCUUUCCUUCUGUUCCUGUCACCUCUCUGGGCUCUCCCAUGCAUUCAAACUAAGUAAGAUGCUUGUACUUCCUAGAAAUGAAACAUAGAGAAGGGGAGAGCGAGGGAAUGAGAGCUCUGGGGUUAAUACUAAGGCUUUGGGGAUUUUAGUUCUAAAUUUACCAAGAAAGGAAUUGGGAACUUAAAGAGUAGGGGAAAUCUGUUGGGAGGAACUGGCUGGAGGGAAGGUGGUGUUCAAGAAUACUCUGGAUUUUAAUUCCCAAUUCACUUAAUCUCUUUGUUCUUAAAUAAAGAAG